UCGAACGGGGGCACCGCCCCAGCGCCUCGGCGCACACCCGGAAGCGGCUCAGUGCAGCGGAGCCUGGCGGGCGUGGGAACUCAGGCCCGGCCAAGGCGGGCAGGAGGUAAGAUGGCAGCUGGGCCAAAUGGGCACGAAGAGUGGGUGGGCAGUGCAUACCUGUUUUUGGAAUCCUUACUGGACAAGGUGGUUCUGUCUGAUGCCUAUGCACACCCCCAGAAGAAGGUGGCAGUAUACAGGGCUCUACAGACAUCAUUGACAGAGAGCGCUGAGAGCCCAGACGUGCUGCAGAUACUCAAGAUCCACCGCAGCGACCCGCAGCUGAUUGUGCAGUUGCGUUUCUGUGGGCGACAGCCCUGUAGCCGCUUCCUCCAAGUCUACCGGGAAGGAACUCUGCGCGCCAAGCUGCAAAGUUGCUUGGCAGCAGCGCUGGCCCAACACUCUGUACCGCUGCAGCUGGAGCUGCGCGCUGGAGCCGAGAGGCUAGAUGCUUGGCUGACGGACGAGGAGCAUUGUUUGAAUUGCAUCUUAGCCCAGAAGCCCGACCGGCUCCGGGAUGAGGAACUAGCUGAGCUGGAAGAUGCGCUCUGCAAUCUAACGUGUGGUUUGGAGGGCCAGGGUGAUAAUGUGGAUGUGGAUGUUGAUGUCCUCCCAGCCCCCUCGCAGUCCCUGGUCCCCUCUCCGCCAGAGGAAAAGCCACCGCCCUUGUCUGGACAGACGUUUCUGUUCCAGGGUCGGCCAGUAGCGAAUCGRCCACUGAGCCUGCAGGAUCAACAGACGUUCGCACGUUCAGUGGGCCUCAAGUGGCGUAGGGUGGGACGCUCACUGCAGCGCAGCUGUCGGGCAUUGCGCGACCCAGCGUUGGACUCACUGGCCUAUGAAUACGAGCGUGAUGGGCURUACGAGCAGGCCUUCCAAUUGCUGCGUCGCUUCGUGCAGGCAGAGGGCCGCCGAGCCACACUGCAGCGCCUAGUAGAGGCGCUUGAGGAGAAUGAGCUCACCAGUCUGGCAGAGGACCUGCUGGGCAUGGCAGGUCCUGAUGGAGGCCUGGCCUAGACCCGGUUCCAAGGAUGCAGCAGUCUACCAGGAGCCCAGCAGCGUUUGGAGCAUCUGGAUGGUUCUAGAGUCCCUUCUGCUACUACUGUUACUAUUGCUGACCCUCCUUCCAAAUCCACUGGAACCCUACAACUACAUUUAAAACCUCUACUUCACUGAGCUCCUGCAGCAGAGUUGAGUGCCUUCUCCAGGAUCCAUAGGAACACCUGUUGAGCUCCUGGGACAUACCACUGGGGAUUCUGCUCUAGAUUCUUUGAUGGAGACAGUAUGAAUGUCGUUCUCAUCCUCCUCUAUCCCCAAAAGAGAAUCUUCUGGUUAGCCCUCACCCCCUUCACUCCUUGAACAGUGACUCAAUAAGCGCCUGGAAUUUCCUUGUCCUAGGCACCACCCUCGGUGCUGCAAAUACUGUAGUGAACCAAAUACCCAAAUCCCGCUUGCCCCAGCUCACUCAGUGUGAGACCC